UUUUCCUGAGCGCUGACAGCCGGCUGCUUCGUCACAACAGCAGACACAAUGGCAAAGUUCCUGACUCAGGAUCAGAUUAACGAGUUUAAGGAGUGUUUCUCGCUGUACGACCGCCAGCGGAAAGGCAAGAUCGAAGCCAAGGAGCUGAUAACAGUGAUGCGAUGCCUUGGGUCGAGCCCCACCCCCUCCGAGGUCCAGCGCCACCUCCUGAGCCACAACAUGGGCCGGGAAGGAGAGCUGGACUUCUCCACCUUCCUGAGCAUCAUGCACCGGCAGCUCCAGCAGGAGGGGCCAGAGCAGGAGAUUUUGGAGGCCAUGAGGAUGGCCGACAAGGAGCAGAAAGGCUUCAUCCUGGCCUCUGAGCUGCGAGCCAAACUCACCGGGCUGGGAGAGAAACUGACAGACAAAGAGGUGGACGAGCUGCUGCAGGAGGCGGGUGUUGGAGCAGAUGGGCGGGUCCACUGCGAGCAGUUCGCUAAAGUAGCGACACGCUGCCACAGAAAGCACUGACGUCACAACUGACAUCCUCUCUGCUGUCGAAACAACGACACUGUGCUCAAGCGUCUCCACGUAGUCAGAGUGUAGAUAAAGUCAGACGUUUGGAGGCAGGUCCGUCUUUCACUGCAGCUGCAAACUUUGCAUGUGACAAAUAAAAGGCUUGACUGGUGAGAAGGAAUAUUUGCAGCUGGAAGAGCAGCCGCCUUAUUUCUAUUAGAAGAGAAAGAAAACAAAGGGACCAUC